UUUGCUCGCGCCACCCGCGCAGCUCACUCGUGUUUAAAAAACUUUGCGUCGCUUUUAUAAAAACAUCUUUCCGAAUUUUAAUUUGGAACGUUUCCGACCGGUAAAGUCGGUUUAACUGUCGCUUUUAAGCGAACUCUUGUUGGCCGUUCAAAUUUCGCAUUGCGAUUCGAAGGUGAUAUUGCUUCACGCUGUUACGCCUGUGCCUUAACAGAUAACUGUGAAGAAACGUGUGUAAGCUUCCAAGUGUUGUUAUAGCGGAAUUAGUGCUACAUCAGUGCAUUGUGGAAGUUUGUAUUUAGUGGAAAGUGUCUUUGUCAUCGUGUCGUAUGUUACAAGACGCUCGUACCGUUUUCUCUAAAGCGAAUGCGAGAAAUUGUUUUAUGAUUGAGUUCAUGCGACCAUAGCAGUUGCACACUGUAUUCCUCAUGUCAACCACUUAAUGCACGAAUUGGCCGAGAGACGACCGCUAUCAGCAAAGAAAAGGCAAAGGGGCGCCCAGAACCCAAAAUGUGACCACCGACCAUUGAACCAAAACAAACAAACGCACUCUUCAAAUUCAUGAGUCUGACAAGAUUACAUGAUCAAGACCAAUUCACUUAUUUAUUAUACAUUAUUAUUUAAAGAUAAAGGAAAAACGAAUCUAGUCGCUGUAGUUCUUUUAAACACGAAGCAAUUUAGACUUAAACAUAUUAUACAUGGAGUUGAUAUUGAAAUAACAACUGCUGAAGUACAAAGAAUAUAGAGGAAUUGAUAGAGAGUACAAAACGAACUCGGGAAUACUAAGAUUGAUUUAGCAGUAAAUUGAUUAUUUUAGUUUUUCCCGAAGUAAAACGAAAAACACAAGAUGUCUGCGAGUUUCGAGCAUUCUGCAAUGAAGAGCAGUUUCUCGCUGUCAUCUCUGCGGAGCGCAGCCGCGCCUCCUGGCGGACGCUGCGACCAACUAGAGCGGCCAUACCAUAGCCUUACUAAGAAGAGGAAAGAGCCUUGCCGCGAGGCAUGGCGGCGCAGCUGGGGCUCGGCUGCGAGCGGUGGCAGCGCUGGCGACGACCUCUGGCCGCUGCUGCAGCACCACUACGACUACAUCAUGGACAACCAGAUCAUUGAUAGCUGCAGGGAGGCAAACGGCGAGUUACUAUCGCACAACUGGACCUCACACGGUCCUCGCUUACUGAACCCGACGUCGGGCGCCAACCGUCAGUGGUCGCUCAGUCAGCUGGUAGCAGAGUUCACUGAGUUAUGUCAGUGGCUGACACACGUGCAAGAGGAGAUAUACUCUAGUCCGGAGAACCUGUCCAGUAGGAAGCUGAGGAAGAGUCGCAUGGCCGAGCUGGUAUCGGUGGAACAUCGUCGUGUGAAAUUUGUGGAGCAGGCGUCUGCUAUACUGGAUCGAAUACCGGAAGCCGGUGCUGAGGUAACAUGGCGCAUGGAACAUCUGAACGUGAAGUGGGAGAGUCUCCGACUCCUGCUGAGUCCUGAGCAGCAGCAGAGGGAAGGAGACUGCUCCGAUACUGUUGAUCCAGCACACGAGCUGCGUUGUCUGCGGCGUUGGCUUCACGUGAUGGAAGGUCGUCUGCCGCCACCCUCACUGACUGCCCGCGCUCAGCCCUACCACGACCUGCUCAGGAAACUGAGAGAACAUCAGGUAUUGCAACGCGACGUGGAAUGCCACGGGCGCAUCGUAAGCUCGGUGGUCAGGCUGUGUGGCGGCGGGGACGCGGCGCGCGCACUUGAACGACGCUGGCAUCUGCUAUAUUUGCGUGCUAUCGAGUGGCAGUGCCAUCUGGAGGCCUGUCUCGCCAAGAGUGACAACCAGGGUUGCCUCUCUGUCGAGGCGGCGAGCGACAGUGACGAGGAACCGGCGCUAAAACAACCUCGGCUGUGUCGGGGCUCACCACGCAGGCGUACCCCCCAGCCUAGACCGAGGCACCCCUCACUCGAUAGCAGACAGUCCGCUUCUGAGGAGGAGGGCGAAGAUGUGUUGAGGUGCGAGUGGAGAGAUUUCGUACCGGAGCGCGAGAGCGCGCGGCGGCGGCGCGACAUGGACCGCAGCGAUGAGCACCGCGUGCCCGACCUCACGCACCUCACAGACCUCGCAGACCUCACGGACCUCACGCACCACAACGACGUCGUGGACGGACACACACCGCCCCACAGCAGACUCAAUGGCCUCAGUACGCAAGAGACGGAAUCGAUGAAUUUCCACGAACAUACCAAAACACCGCCAACGGUUGUUAAAAGAAAAAAACCAGUCGACACGUCAAAAUUCAAUCAAACCGAUAGGAAAUCCAAGAACUGUGCAACUUUCUACUUCAGACACCACGACACGGAUUCUGACGGACGGCAAAUGAUCGAGACGGACGAGAAAUCACAAGAAUCAUCUGAAGAAGAAUGGACAUAUGUUGGAAAUCCUAAAAUUGCAAAUGAAGAUUCCACGGACCUGAUGACAUCGUCUAUUGAAAUACAAUGCGAAUUGACACUGGAUGAAAAGAAGGAUAAGCCAUCACCUAAGCCGAAGUUAGAAUCGUCAACACCGGACUUAUUGAAAGUGGAAGCGAGGUGUAAAGAUAUAGAGAGGCUGGUGAUACAGGCGGAGGAAUUGGUGCAGAAGCAGGCGCAGCAUCAAAUGGCCAAGAAGAAGAAUUCGAGGAAUUUUAAAUCGUCGUUGAUAGAUGAGGAAGGGAAGUCAGUCAGCAGGGGGAAGAUGUCUCGGAUUAAGGAGUGGCUCAACCAAAGUACGGAAGACGAACGAAACAAGAAUGAAACCAAUCAGUGUACGGAGAGUUACGAUGCUUCGGGUGAAUACACCACAGAAAGUGAAGUGGAUACUUCUUUGACUUCUGAAGAGCGCAACUUGCAUUCGUCUAUGGACAUGAGUACAUCAACUUGUACAGUCACACCGACACAUCAGGCCAAGGUGCAGUUACGCAAGAAGAGAUGUGGUCCACGGCCGUGGUCGGUCUCGUGUCUGUCGCAGCUUCCCGCGCGCUCAGACAUCGCCCACAACAUGUCCAUCUCCGAGUCCGCACUCAACACACUUGCCUCGCCACAGAGAGUCACUCCCGCAGACUCUAACGCACUACGCGGUAGUUCCACUACGGUACAGGGGCACGUGUCGAGCACGAACACUAUGACGGAGGCGUGCACGUCGUGUGUGGAGGCGGGCGAGAGGCAGUGCUGGGUGCGACGCAAGCGACUCAAGUUGCGCAAGCACGUCGCCGACACGCGUCACUCCCACGUCCGCGACCGCGAUCGCCUCGUCAAGUCGCGCUCCUUCUGCGGCCGUCUCAGUCCCGAGAUAGAGGACAAGAAUGAGAGGAGUGCCGCCAGCGAUCCCGCUACCAGCAGGAAGAAUAGGUUUGACACAACAUCGACGUCGGGCAAUGAAAGUGAUGAGGAACUAAUAAAGCAGCAGUUGGCAACGGUAGCUCACCUGCGCAGAAGUAUCGAGAAGACGCACAUCACCGCUAAAGAAGACAGUGCCAUUCCAGAACAGAACGAGCCGGAAGCCGUCACCCCGAGCUUCAAACUGGGCCCAGAAGGAGGGCCAGUCAGACCGAGGAUGGCGAGGAGUUCAGAGAGGGAAAAGUCCUUCUUGGCGCUGAGUUUAGGAGAUCCGAGUCAACUGUGGGAUCUCAGUAUAGACAAGGAUUCCGAUAUUGAUAAAAGUGUGACAGCCGGCACUGAGGAGCAUAGCUCGUUCUCGGAGCAGGCCUGGGACUUCUAUCAGGAAAAAUACAACUCAGAGCCGUACUCGGAGGCGCCGGACUCUGACGGUGCGCGGAGACUGCUGGAGUUCGGCGACGACUACCGCGCCUACCUCGACUCCCAGUCAGACUGCUGCUCCAGUCUGUCCGCGCAGCCCGAGCGCCCCGCCAGCCCCGCCAGCCCCGCCGCCCGCCGCCUGCCGCGACACAAGCGCCCGCCGCGAGCCUCGCCCCUCCCCCGGCUCGACUCGCCUCUCAGGAAACCCAAAAAAUCCAUCACCACCGCGGAACGGAAAAAGAUGCUCCUCGACACCCUCGAAAAAUCCAGAAACAGCGUCGAGAGCAACGAGUGUCGCAGGCGCAAGCCCUCCGACAGCGACCGCAAGAACAAGCGCUCGCCCGAGUUCGACCUCCUCAACGUGCAGGCGCUCAGCCGCCGCCGGCACAGCUCCAACAUCACCAGCGACGAGGUCAACAGCUCGCUCGAGUACACCGAGGUCAACAACAGACCCGACAUCCUGGACUCCUUGAACAGGAGAAGAAAGAACACAGACAAGGACGCCGAGAGCGAGCUCCAGAAAGUGGCGCUGUCGGAGCUGAGGCGGAGGUCGACGGAGGGCGCCGACUCGGAGGACUCGAGCCCCAAGAAGCACAGCCGGAGGAACUGGGAGGGCGAUUCCGACUCUGAGGAGGAGGUCCGCUCGCUGAUCCGGCGCUCCGGCUCGCAGCUGGAGGCGGCCGAGGCGGCCAUGGCGCGCCACGACUCCUCGCCGGACCUCCUGCGCGCCUUCGACUACACGGAGAUCGUAGCGCGUUGCCGCGAGAACAUCAACAUGUUGGACGCGGCGCUCGCCGACGGCUCAGUUUUGUCUUCAGCAUUGCAAAGAGAUAUAAGAGCGGUAUCCGCAAGAUGGUCAGCACUACGAGCGGCUGCGUUACGUCGCGGCGGUGCGAGACGGCUGCGGCGAGAAAUCGCAGCUUUGCGGGAGACCCUCGACGAUGUCUGCGAGCCCGGGGACUGCGCCCCGCAACCGCACACCAGAGCACAGCUUAAUAGAAGAAUCGAUGAGCUAAAGGAACGUUUGUCACGUCUGUUGGAAUGCAAGGUGUCAAUGCUGAAGCUGACAGUAUCAGUCCGCCGCACCCUGGGCGAGGGCGCUGACGACACACUGACUGAGGACCUCACCGCGUUACUUGCCGCGUGGGACGAUGCUCACCAACGGACAUCAAACGAGUUACUCUCGCUAGAGAAGGCUGUGUCCGCGUGGGCGGAGUGGGAGAGUGCUCUCAGAGAGCUGCAGGGGGCGCUGCGGGGCGACAUGGCCACACUGCAGUCGCUGCGCGGACGCAGCGGUCAGACUGACCUCGAUAAGAUACGACAACUCGCAGCCUCGCUGGUCGACAAGAAGAAGGGCGGGUCGACGUGCGACUCGCUGUCAGACUCUGGUAUCUCAGACGGUGACAGUGAGGCGGCGGGCGGACGUGCGCGGCGGCUGUGCGCGCUGCGGGAACUGGCGCGCCGGCUGCAGGCCGCGCUCGCUCCCGCCUCGCCCGCACACCGCGCCAUCGCCAAGCGUAUGGAGCAAACCGAGAACGAAGUGAAAACUUUGCAAGAAUCUUGCCGGGCCCUCGUCGAACAGAGCAUACCCGAUCUUAAAAUUGACGAUGACAUAGAGACAAUUAGCACAGUCGCCGGCGGGAAGACCGGGGCAGGAGAUCCGGACUACAGCCCGCGCAGUGGCUGGGUGUGGCGCGUCCUCCGCUCCUCGCUGCCCAUACAGCUGUGUCUGGUGGCGCUGCUGCUGGCCGCAUGGCUCGUGGAGAGGCCGCGUUGUUGCGACGCUCUCAACUCGCUCGCUCAGACACUCACCCCGCAACUGCGCUAUGUACGCGGCCCGCCGCCAGUCUGAACGCAUCCUAACACUAUGGUCUACGGAGCUUGUCUAUGGUUACAGUUUGACAUUUGAGAAUGGCGGGAAUUACUUUCCUACAAAUUGUUGAUUGCAAUAACAUCGACAAUAAUCGAAUAACAAACUUAUUGUUUAAAAUCGAUUGUUUUGUAACGGACUUAAUUUUACAAUAUACGAUUAUUACAUUUUAAUCUUUUAAAAGAAACAAUGACCUAAAGUGGAAAUUUUUCUUGAGUUUCCGUUAGUUUAUGAACGUGGUUGUGUAACUUUUUGUUAUCGAUGUGAAACAUCAUGUUAUCGAUGAUGAAUACGAGACAUCGAUAUUCUAUAAAUUAAAAAGAGGGCUGAACAUCCCUGACCUGUAAUUUGUCGAUGGAAGAGUGGUUGAAGUUCUGCCCAUUUUUCGACUGCGACAAGGUUGUGAGUGGUUUUUCAUUUUGACAAUACCUUUAUUCGAAAAACAACAAACUUCUAGGUAUAUGUUAAAAAUGUAAACUGUUCGAAUAAGGUAUGUAAUUUAGUUAUUAAAAGAGACGGAAGGACGGAAAUGGUAUUGUGGAAAAUGGUUUACAAGUAUAGUAGUGUACGGUUUAUUUUUUUUCUAUAAAGACACUACUAAUAUAGUUUUUUUGCUAUUGAGAGGAUUGUUACGCGAAAGAAAUCAUUUUAUAAUUAUUUUGAAGUGUUUACUUAGAUAGAGAGAUUGUUUUAGAUAGGAGACGACUAACAUAUCUUGAAAUGAAUGUAGUAAGUUUUCAAAUUAUCAAAUUAAAAA